AGGAAAGGCCAUCAUGUCGAUGCUCCCCACUUUUGGAUUCACCCAAGAGCAAGUGGCCUGCGUCUGCGAAGUGCUCCAGCAGGGGGGCAAUAUAGAAAGGCUGGGGCGGUUCCUCUGGUCCCUACCUGCCUGCGAGCACCUCCACAAGAACGAGAGCGUCCUCAAGGCCAAGGCUGUGGUGGCUUUCCACCGGGGCAACUUCCGCGAGCUCUACAAGAUCCUGGAGAGCCACCAGUUCUCCGCUCACAACCACCCCAAGCUCCAGCAGCUCUGGCUCAAGGCGCACUACAUCGAGGCGGAGAAGCUGCGGGGGCGACCCCUAGGGGCAGUGGGCAAGUACCGGGUCCGCAGAAAGUUCCCCCUGCCCCGCUCCAUCUGGGACGGCGAGGAAACCAGCUACUGCUUUAAGGAGAAGAGCCGGAGCGUGCUGCGGGAAUGGUAUGCCCACAACCCCUACCCGUCCCCUCGGGAGAAGAGGGAGCUGGCCGAGGCCACCGGGCUCACCACCACCCAAGUCAGCAACUGGUUUAAAAACCGGAGGCAACGCGACCGUGCUGCUGAGGCCAAGGAAAGGUACGAGGAAAACAACGAGAAUUCCAACUCCAACAGCCAUAAUCCGCUCUCAGCGUCAAUGAACGGGAAUAAGACAGUUUUGGGCAGCUCAGAAGACGAGAAGACGCCGUCAGGGACCCCUGAUCACACUUCUUCCAGCCCAGCUUUACUGCUCAAUUCGAACCCAGGCCUACAGCCGCUCCAUGGCUUGGGUCACCCCCAAGGUCCUAGCGCCAUUCCGGUACCCAGUGCGGAUCCUAUGCACCAUCAUAGUUUGCAGGACUCCAUUCUCAACCCCAUGUCCUCCAACUUGGUCGACCUUGGCUCUUAAAACUAUUUACACGCUCCCCUCACCACAUCCCUUCGGUUUUUUUUUUUAAAUCUCAUUUGAAACUUUUAAAGUGAUGAUGACACAUUCAUUAGUGGAUCUGUUGUCUCUCUUUGGGUGGAUGGAUGGAUGGCUGUAGCUGUUUGGAAGGUACUGUGCUAGGCUGUAUGCAAUUCUGUUGUGACAAAAGUCUUAAGGGUUGUGCAAAGCUGGUUUCAGACAUAUGGACUGUUCGAUAGGACUUGUGAUUUAAGCCUAAUGCUAAUAUGGUUCUAUGUAGCAACUAUUUUUUCCAACCUGAACUUCACAAAUCUCUUGGAAUUUUAAUUGAGCAGUCUUGUCUGUGUAUGAUAAGACACCUUGUAUUUUGGGGGAGCGUAAGGCUGCUGUUUACAUGCCUCCGUGGAAGACACCCAUCGCUCCCGUACUCCUAUUGUGUAGUGAUAUAUCCGUGGCAGGUGUACAAUGUACAAUUACAAUUAAGAAUACAACAGUUUCAGUCAAGUUAUAGCAGCAACACGCGCUCUAGGUAGACUCUGUAACUCCCUUGUAGCUGACGCUGUGCAGAGAGCCAGGUUCUUUCGCCUUGUCCCUGUGGUGCUUUUGCCAUUUGUUGGGUGGGAAAGGAACUAAUGGCCCGAUCCUGUCGCCAGUUGAAGUCAAUGUUAAAUGACCCCAUCGACCUCAAACGGGGGCAGAUGUGGGCCCUAAAAAAUUGCUGCUCAUUGUUAGACCUAAACGACAGUAUCAACCGCGAGUCACUCGACUUUAGUUUUGUUUAUUGUUUAUAUUAUGUGAAUAC